CCCUUAAGCAGCUUGAAGGGCCAGAGCCGGCGGCUAUUUCUAUCCCUGGAAAUCCUCACACCAUCUGUGACCAACCCGAGCCCUGACCCCCUCCCCAAAGCGGGGCCCGGCAGCCCCGCGCUACCGGGGAGGAGAGCAGGCCUGGAUUGGCUGCUGGGGUGACUGCCAGUGGGGUUUCUGUUCUUCUGCCAGAAGGCAGUGGAAGGCAGUUGCAGGAGUCCUGGUUGAAGGCUUGGGUGGCAGGAGGAGUGGCUGUGAUGGCUGAGGCGGAGGCGGGGGCAGCAGUGGAGCUCCAGGGACUUCCCCCUGACAUGCCAGAGGAGCUGCUCACGCUGUAUUUUGAGAACCGUCGGCGUUCUGGUGGGGGGCCAGUAUUGAGCUGGCAGAGACUUGGCUGUGGGGGUAUCCUUACCUUUCGAGAGCCUGCAGAUGCCAAGAGGGUCUUGGCCCAGGCAGAGCACCGACUACAUGGUGCCAGACUGAGCCUGCACCCAGCCCCACCACGUGCCCCUGCACGUCUCCUUCUCCAAGGACUACCACCUGGCACUGUGCCCUUGCACCUGGAGCAGCAUGUCCAUGCCCUGCUGAGCGCCAUAGGGCACCCAGAGCAGUCCUGCCAUGCCCUGGUCAGUCCCCGACCUGAUCGGGCUCUGGUCCAACUGGCCAUGCCCCUUUCUGAGGCAGAAGUUCAUGUCCUGGAGGAGCAGGCCCGGAAUACGGACCUGGAUGGGGCCGCGGUGUCUGUGACCUGGGUGCCCCAGGCCAGAGCUGUGCGUGUGGUGGGGGGCACGCCCCCUGUGGACCUGCUGCUGCUGGAGUUGUACCUGGAGAAUGAGCGCCGAAGUGGUGGGGGGCCCCUGGAGGGCCUGCGCAGCCUGCCUGGGCAGCUGGGCACUGUUGUUUCCUUCCAGCAGUGGCAGGUGGCUGAACGGGUGCUGCAGCAGGACCACUGGCUGCAGGGCUCAGAGUUGAAACUUGUCCCUCACUAUGACAUCUUGGAGCCUGAGGAGCUUGCUGAGGGCACCAGUGGAAGGGAUAACCUAUCCACGCUGGGAUCUGGGGCCACUGAGCAUGCUCUCCUAGAGACUGGAGGGCUAGCAGAAGUUCUGAAGUGUGCAGGGGCUCUGACUGUGGGUUCUAGGGAGGCACCAGGGCAAUCGGAAGCCUUUCUGAGGACAGGUCUUCAGGCUGUGCCAGUUGACUUGGAACCUGUGGGAUCUCCAGAGCAAGAGGGGCCUGUGAGCCUGGGGACUGUGGUGUCUCCAGAGCAGGCCGGGCUCCUAAGUCUGGGGCCUAUGAGGUCUGCAGGCUCAGUGGGCCAAGUGGAGAUUUCUACGGAGUUGCUGGGACAAGUGAAGCCCCGGGGCCAAAGACCCCUGGGGCUUCUGGGACAGGAGAGCCUAGUGGAAGUUGCCAGCGUAUCACCAGGUCAGGAGGGGCUGGUGGAUCCAGUGGAGAUUGCCCUGGAUUCUCCAGAGAAGGUUGGGCUGGAGACCCCUGGGCAUAUGGGGCUUGUGGGUCAGGAGGACCUGGUGGAGAUGGUGCUAUCGAUGGAGCCAGGGGCUAUGCGCUUCCUGCAGCUUUAUCAUGAGGACCUUCUCGCCAGCUUGGGAGACAUUGCCCUUUUCCCACUUGAAGGAAUGGAUGUGACUGGCUUUCGGCUCUGUGGAGCCCAGGCCUCAUGCCAGGCGGCCCAGGAGUUGCUGCAGAGUCUGCUAGGUAGCAUUAGCUGCCAUGUGCUGAACCUGAAGCAUCCAGGCAGUGCCAGGUUCCUUCUGGGUAUGGAGGGGCAGCGCCUUCUGCAGGGGUUGGAGGCUCAGUUCCAGUGUGUCUUUGGGACAGAGCGUCUGACCAGAAUCAUCCUGGACAAGGACCCUGAAGAGGUGGAUCCCACUGACAUCUUCCAGGUCCUCCCUGGCCACAGCCACACCUCGUGGCCCACAGACAGUACAGGCAGUGACCAGGAGAACAUGAGCCUGGAGGAGGUCCGAGAGCUGCUGGCAACCCUGGAAGGUUUAGAUGGAGAGGACUGGUUGCCCCUGGAGCUGGGGGAGGAGGGACCUGAGGACCAGCCAGAAGAGGCAGCAACUUCAGGGGAAGAGAAUGAAGAACCUAUACCUGGGGCUGAGGAGAAACUCGUGAAUCUCAGCACUGGGACAGCUGGGCCACUGGAAGAGGAAGCUGCACUGCAACUGGCUCUCCAUCGGUCACUGGAGCCUCAAGACCAGACAGCUGAGCAGGAGGAAGCUGCUGCGCUAAGACAAGCCCUGGCCCUCUCCCUUCUGGAGCAGCCCCUGACGGAGGCAGAAGAGUCCCUGAGUGGGGGAACUGGUUGUGGGGCCCAGCUGGUGGUGCAUGUACCCUUUGAGCAGGAUAUGGAUGAGCUGGACCAAGCACUAGCAGCUGCCUUGGAGGUGUGCCUCCAGGAGGAGACUGUGAGGCACCCAGGCCGUGUGCUGCCCGCAGAGCUGUGCGCUCGCCUGGAGCAGAGCCAUGGUGUGCGUGUUGCCCUGUGUGGCGACUGCACUGUUUUCCGUGGCUUUGGAGCCCAGCCUGCCCGUGCAGCACGCCACUUAGCUGUGCUACUUGCUGGCCCCCAGGAUCAGAGUUUGGUCUUCCCCUUGGUGGCUUCAGACACUACUUUGCUAGAGCAGAGGCUGAAGGAGCCUUUGGGAAAACUGGAGGGCCUUGCAGAGAGCACCAGGGAGUUCCAGAAUGUGGUGCAGGCCUUCUAUGAUACCCUGGAUACUGCCCACAGCAGGAUCCGCAUCAUACGGGUGGAGCGUGUGUCGCACCCGCUGCUGCAGCAGCAGUACCAGCUGCACCUGCAGCGUGUGGAGCAGCGCUGCGUGCAGCGCCCUGUGGAGCGGGUCCUGUACCAUGGCACGUCGGCGUCCGCAGUGCCUGACAUCUGCGCGUUCGGUUUUAACCGCAGCUUCUGUGGCCGCAACGGCACGCUCUACGGGCAGGGCGUGUACUUCGCCAAGCGCGCCUCGGUAUCGGUGCAGGACCGCUACUCGCCUCCCAACGCCGAGGGCCACAAGGCGGUGUUCGUGGCCCGGGUGCUGACAGGAGACUACGCGCAGGGCCGCCGCGACCUGCGGGCGCCCCCUCUGCGGGCCUCUGGCCACGUGCUCCUGCGCUAUGACAGUGCUGUGGAUUGCCUCCAUCAGCCCAGCAUCUUUGUCAUCUUCCACGACACUCAGGCACUGCCCACUCAUCUCAUCACCUGCGAGCACAUACCCCGGGCUUCCCUUGGGCUCUCGAGUCCCUCUCUGGCCACCUGACCCAAGGGGCCAGCCUCUGCCCUGCUGCUCCCCAGGUUCCCCGCUCUGCACACCCUCCCUGCCUCCCGGAGUCGCCUGGGGACGUCCCUGCCUCUUGUUAGAGGGCAGGAACCCAGGCCGACCAGGAGUGCUGCGUCGGCCCAACCACCAGGGGUCAGCAGAGCCCAGCAGGAGGGUGCGCCGGCCUGACACGCCCGUCUUGGCUGGACCUCGCCGGAGCGCUUCUGUCUUUGAAUAAACCUGUACGUGAAGCCAGGCGGAAGGGCCUUCUGGCGUUCGGAAUCAGACCUCUGGAGGGUGGGGGUCUCGGCGUGGCUAGGGGUGAAGUCAAACGCUUCUAGGGGCCGCCGUGGGAAACCCACUGAAGCUGCAGGGCGGAGCCCUGCGCACUCGAACCACCCCACGCCGUCUGAGUGUCGC